AUGAUAAUGCUAGUGCCUCUACAUGUGAGAUUUUGCCGAGAGAAGACGGGGACUGCCAGUGUGGACACGAAUUUAGGGAUACAGGAAUGCCCCAUCCGGUACCAGUUGUUCCGCUACUUGCUGGCUGGAAGAUGGUAUCCCGUGACGCGCCAUUUAACACCUUCCCUUUUAAUGAGAAACGCCACGUUCGCGGCGGCAGAUCCACUGAGGACGCCAGUGCAGAGGCCGUUGACACUGGUACCGAAAAAUUACAAGGAUUGUUGCUUCCUUUUUCGUCCCCUUCGCCAUCAGAGUUUCCAUCGUCGUCUCCCGUUAAGCGGGAUGAAAUCCGGAACUGUGUCUCCCGACGCCACGGUCUGUCCACACCUCCGUUACACUGUCUUUGCCAUUGGACCAAGGGAACAAAGGAUUCUUCAGGCUGUAAGGUUCUUCGUGGUUUUUCUUGUUCAGAGCCUACGUUGUAUCAUCAGCACAACCCGGAAAUCGAAGCGUUAG